AUGCCGCUGAAGCCCGGAGAAUGCUUUCUCAUCCAAUAUCGCGAUAAAGGAAAGAAAGAACUCUGGAUUGGAGUCAUCUGCUCCAAUUUGAUGAUACCUGACGAGGCCUGGCGCCAUUGUCCAGUUGGUUCGCCCCCGAGAGCCGGCCAAUGGACAACUCAGCUUGAUCGUCGUCAUUACCCUAUCUAUCUCCCGAAGAAAGGGAGGAUCAUAUGGUCGCACUUUAUUCAUCUGUUCGAAAUCCACCGCUCAAGAUACGACGAGUUCGAGUCUUGCCCCGAUUUCUCGGUUUUUUGCGAGGUUCUGGAUUUGGCAUUGAAGGGGCGGGAUGUUGUGUUUUGGGAACGGAUGGCUCUUGGGGAGUUUAAAGAACGCAAAGAGAUGAUCCGUCUUACUACUGCAGGCAGGCUACAACCUCGCUCAACUACUACCACCACUCUCACGAAGACGACUCAACAGGCUCGCUCGAGCCCCACUCAAGAUGGUUGUAGUCUAUCAGGGGAAAGCAUCGAAGAACCUGUAGCUCAAGUUGCCCAAGCCACCCAGCUCAUGAAAACUGCAGAUUCCCAGAGGAUUCGCUGGUAUAUAUUGGCAUUUCUUUACUAA